AUGUCCGAAGUUAUCUUGAACAAUUCUUCUUGUCCCCUUGGCCAUCUUGGCUCAGCGCUUGUUGUUGAUUCUAGGGGCGUCAGUGUCGUAUCACCUUCUGAGCCAUUCAACACUUCACCCGAAUGGACCCGUAAAGACUUAGCUCUUUACAAGCAAUGUUCUCAAGAGUUUAGUACUCAACUUGCCCGGGUAGAGGCCGUUGUGGCUGCUAUCACGCAGAGUGCUAUCAUCACUGGUGCGGUCUGCGUUGGCGGCGGUCCUAUUGCGUGCAUCGCUGUCGGCGUCCUUAGUAUUCUCGCUAACUUUGCGUCGAUCUUCGUCCCUGUUGCAGGCCCUGAUAAGCCGGCGGGUGCGCUCCCGGCUAUUGGAAUGGGAUCAGUCCUCAUUCAUGAGGACUUCCAGCCGACAGAGGCAGCAAGCACUUUCGACAUGCUUCAGGAGAGUGCCCAAGAAGGUGAAUGGAUGGAGUAUGGUAACUCCACUGUUCACGGAGUACAUCACAAGAUGCAUUUCCGGAAACAAGGCCGUAUCAUGGCUAUCCGUGCCACAUCAGCAACGGGUGCAAGCCACAAGCGAGAUGACAAUAACGAUGAAGGCCACAUUGUUUCUACCUACUUUUGGGAGGAUAACAAUAGAGCCGCCUGGAAUGAUCUUCAAGGAACAGACCUUCACCCUGUUGCGGACUUUAUCGCUCAGUUUGUUGUGGACAAGAAUGCCGAUAUCUCUUGCGCCGAUCUCAUCACCGAUACUGACGGCCCGAUUGACGUUGGAGUGCUCACCGUCCACAAUAAUGGCCAGGAGUUGGGUUUGAUGCAACACGAAUGA